AUGUAUGACCAACGGGAAGACGAACGUGGUUAUUUGGUGUAUGUAAACCGUUAUAAUGGCACUUCACAGCCGGAUAACCCAAACUUGACCUAUGUGGUGAGCAAGAUCAAUGAGAAAUUUUGUACUUCAAAGUACAGCACCUAUCGUUGCGCUUGCAAGCUGUUCGCUCUCCAAAAAGCGCUGCACACCAACUGUAUCCCAUUUCAAACGGUAUGCACCAUCCUCGAUCGUCACUGCCUAACCCAGAUCGACAGUGCCCCAUCAGUGAAACCUACCCAACUGACCGCGGUGCUGCAUGAUGUCUACUUUGCCGCCGAACAGCUUGGUUACUUCGCCGAACUAUCUCAACCGGUUGAUCGUGAAACGGUGAUCGCAACUUUGGCAGGUCUGUUCUGGGCCGUCUACGAUCCGAAGCGGUGCAACCCAAUCUCUGUGCUGGAGCUGAGGCAGACAUUUCUUUUACUCUGCGAUACGCAGAAUUUCGAACAAAUUGUUUGGGAACAUUUUCAACUGACGAGCGAUCACAAUCUGUGCGUGUCGCGACAUCGAUUCGAAGCAAUGCUGAUGAAUUUAGCAAAGCUUCUGGCAUUCCUGGGAGAACCAGAUCACCUGAAGCAGAGUCUGGUGCAGGACAUUGUCGGCGAGUGCUUCGCACACUAUCCCGGACUGGUCGGACUAACGGAAUAUCAAUUUUCGUGCCUUUGGAAACUUUCAUCGAAGUUUUCUUAUUAUUCAAACGUUCUAGCAUUAUCAAAACGCUUGCGUGAUUCCGAGUUCGUGAUUCAUAAUGUACAAUGCUCCGGUUGCCGAGUAACCAUACAAGGAUUGCGUUUCAAAUGCCAGAGGUGCAGGAAUCUGUCACUUUGCAUCGACUGCUUCAGUCAAGCAUUUUCCACAAAAAGCCAUAAUGUAGGCCAUAAAAUGUACGAGAUCAGUACGAAUGGCAUUACGAGCAACAAGAUUUCAACGCUACUUUUGAAAAUAUGCAACAUUUUUAAUCAGUGUCCAUCGGAAUCGCAAGCUCGCUUGCAGCAACCUUCCACUUUUGACAACAUGGAAGCUAAACUGAUUGACACCCAUGCUGUGGAAUUACAAGAUAUUGAACCCACCCCGCCAGCAGCUAGUAGUACCUUACGCGGAACUCUAUCGCGUUCUCUUAACUCCACAAGCUCGGCAUCGUUACGCAAAACGGCCAACAAAAACACGAGCAUUUUCAGCAGCAUCGAUUGUCAACUUUUCACUAGCACUCAAAGCAGUGGUCUGGCAGAGAAAAUGUCUGCUAUUGUUGAAAUUCUCGAAGAAGAUAGUGAAAAAUAUCGCCUUAAGUUGGCCAAUCUGAAAGCCAAUAACUCUGGAAAUAAAGACCUUCUGGAAUACUUUGAUUCUCAUGGAAAGUUAAUUGCGGAGCAGCUGAAAGCAAUGAAAGAAGUGUGCUCUAAAAUAGGCAGAAGUUUUCCGCAAAGCUGUAGCACUCCCUAUCGGUCUGCUAGCAAAGGUAGUAAUAGUCGAACAUCCAUGAGCACAGGAGGACCGUUGAACAAGUCAAUUCACGGUGCAGAGCUGAAUAAAUCUUACAUCAAUGAGCAUUUACAGGAAGAUUUAUCCGUUCGAGACGUUAGUUCCUGGUUUCAUUUGAAUCGGCCCUCCGAUACUAUGCUUGAACAGAUGGUCGACAGCAAGCGGGCUAAUCGCAGCGAUGGUAGCCCUGCGGAUGAACUGAGCCGAUGUAUAGACAAUCUUAAAAUUGAUACUCAAAUGGCUAACUUUAAGGAUUUACUUUUGAAAGUACGUGAAAUUGUGGAUGACUCGUACAGUGACAAUACGGAACUAGCACGUACUACACAGCAACUGGAGAAAGCGUUGGAUCGAAUAAUCGAAGAAGAAGAACGCAAACGUAUCGAGAGCAUUUAA